AAUGAAGAAAUCCUUCUCUGAUUCAAGCCUUCAUACCUUAACAGUGGUUGGAUGACAUCCUCAUUACUGGUAGUGAUCCCUCUGCUGUGUCUUCUCUGAUAAAUUGCAUGAGUACCAGAUUCUCCAUUAAAGAUUUGGGUACUCUUAGCUAUUUUCUUGGCAUUGAAGCAGUUCCCACCAGUGCAGGACUCUUCCUCUCUCAACACAAGUAUGUUAAUGAUCUCCUCCAUCGUUUACGGAUGCAUGAGGCUAAGCCGGUUGCCACGCCACUUGCUACUAAUACUGGUCUGCAGCUCCUCUCUGGCACUGCUCUUUCAGAUGGUUCCGAUUACCGGCGUCUUAUUGGUUCCCUCCAGUACCUCACUCUCACUCGACCUGACCUGUCAUUUGCUGUCAACAAAUUAGCUCAGUUUAUGCAUCGACCCACAGAGCUGCAUUGGCAGGCAGCAAAACGACUUUUGCGGUACUUGCGCGGUACUCUGUUUCACGGGUUGCUUCUUCAGCCUCAAUCUUCUCUCAACUUGCAUGCUUAUUCAGAUGCGGACUGGGCUGGAGAUCGGGAUACAAUGGUUAGCACCACUGGGUAUAUAGUUUUUCUUGGUCAAAAUCCGAUCUCCUGGCGAGCUGCAAAGCAAAAAGCUGUUGCUCGAAGCUCCACCGAGGCUGAAUAUCGUGCUCUCGCUGCUACAGCCUCUGAAGUUGUCUGGAUUCGACAUUUGCUUGGUGAACUUGGGAUCUCUUGCUCUCCUUCUUCCGCCAUCUUUUGUGACAACAUUGGCGCCACCUAUCUUAGCUUAAAUCAUGUUAUGCACUCGCGCAUGAAGCAUAUAGCUAUAGACUUGCAUUUUGUUCGGGAUUUAGUUGAUCAACGUGUUCUUCAUGUCUCCCACAUUGCGUCCCAAGAUCAGCUUGCUGAUGGGCUCACAAAGCCCCUCUCUUCCAUCCGGUUUGCUCACUUACGGUCCAAGAUCGGAGUUGCAAAUGGCACCACCGUCUUGCGGGGGCGUAUUAAGGAAAGUAAAUCCCCUCCAUGAAGUCCUGGAUUGUCUCCAUGAAAUCCCAGAUUUAGAAGAUUUCGGAACUGCAAUUGUAAAAGAUUUGGAACUGUAAUUGUAAAUACUGUUUCCUAGUUGGAUUAGAUUCUGUAAUGUAUAAAUUGUACUGCUCCAUUCAGUAAUGAGACAAUGAAGAAAUCCUUCUCUGAUUC